AUGAAGAGGCAGCUGACAGCCUUGUCAGUGAUACUGUCCAUUCAGUUCUACUGGGUGAGCUGCCAAAUUAAAGUGGAUCAGAGUCCUCCAUCUCUGACCAGAUCCCAAGGGGAGAUCGCCAUUCUGACCUGCAGCUACUCAGGCACAGUGUCCUAUGUACAGUGGUACAGGCAGUUUCCUGGGGAAAGUCCUGCCUUCCUGCUGAGCCUGUAUAAGGAUGGGAAUGUUACCCAGGGGUCAAAUUUCAUAGCGGAGUUCUUGAAAGGGGAGAGACGGAGCCAUCUACACAUCGACGGUUCUCAGCUCGCCGACUCAGCCGGCUAUUUCUGUGCUGUGGAGACACAGGAAACAAAGUCCUGGGUCACAGAAAUGAGGGGCAGCGCAAGGAAGAGGUGUCCUGGGGCCCUACUAGUGAUCCUGGUCAUUCGUCUUUACUGUGUAAGUUGCCAGGUUAAUGUGGCACAGAGCCCGCAAUCCCUGAGCGGCUCUGAAGGACAGGACUCCAGCCUGACCUGCAGUUACUCCGGCACGGUGAGAAAUGUGCAGUGGUACCGCCAGGCCCCAGGGGAAAGCCCCACCCUCCUGGGGAUUUUGUACAAGGACGAGCGUGCCACAUGGGGACUGAAUCUCAGAGCUGAGCUCCAGACCAGAGACAAGCACAGCUGCCUGAACAUCACCGAGGCACAGCUGCAAGACGCAGCCACCUACCUCUGUGCAGUGGAGACACAGUGA